AGUCCAUGCUUUCAGACUACGACAUCCUUUCUCAGUCUAGCAUCCAGCAGCACUCACUGAAGAAGAGGGACCUCCAGCCUGAGGCACAUGUAGAGAGACUCUUAAGUUUUUCAGCCCUGCAAAGGCACUUUAAAUUAUACUUAACUGCAACUGCUGAACACUUUUCAGAAAAAUUUCAAGCAUUAAUUGUGGAUGGUGAAGGCAAGGAAAAGGAGUAUCGUGUUCAGUGGCAAGACUUUUUCACCGGACAUGUCGUUGGAGAGCAUAAUUCCAAGGUUUUGGCACAUAUUGGGGAUGAAGACUUUACAGUAAGAAUCAGUACUGAUGGAGAAGAGUACAAUAUAGAGCCACUGUGGAGAUUUGUAGAUAAUGUACAAGAUGAAAGACUGCUGGUCUACAGAUCUGAAGAUAUUAAAGAUUUCUCAAGAUUGCAGUCCCCCAAGGUGUGUGGUUAUUUAAAGCUGAAUGAAGAAGAACUGUUGCCAAAAGGACUGGAAGACAGGAAGCAAAAUGAAUCAAGCGUCCAUCGGAAGAAAAGAGCUGUUACAGACAACUCCAAAAACACAUGCAAGAUGUUGGUAGUGGCUGAUCAUCGUUUUUUCAAGUAUAUGGGCCGUGGGGAAGAGAGUACUACUAUAAACUAUUUGAUUGAAUUGAUAGACAGAGUGGAUGACAUCUACCGAAACACAUCCUGGGACAAUGGGGCCUUCAAUGGGUACGGCAUACAGAUAGAGCAGAUUCUCAUCCACAAUGAGCCAAGUCCUGUAGAACGUGGAGAAAAGCAUUACAAUAUGGCAAAAAGUUACCCAGAUGAUAAGAAAGAUGCCUGGGAUGUGAAAAUGCUGCUAGAGCAAUUUAGCUUCGAUAUUGCUGAGAAAGCAGCUCAUGUGUGCCUUGCUCAUCUCUUCACAUAUCAAGAUUUUGACAUGGGAACACUUGGAUUGGCUUAUGUUGGUUCUCCCAGGCCUAACAGCCAUGGUGGCAUUUGCCCUAAAGCUUAUUACAGUCAAAUUGCCAAGAAGGACAUCUAUCUGAACAGUGGCUUAACCAGCACCAAGAACUAUGGGAAGACCAUCCUUACAAAGGAGGCUGACCUGGUUACAACACAUGAACUUGGACAUAACUUUGGAGCAGAGCAUGAUCCUGAUAGUCUGCCAGAAUGUGCCCCGACUGAAGACCAGGGAGGGAAAUAUGUUAUGUAUCCAAUUGCUGUCAGUGGAGAUCAUGAAAACAAUAAGAUGUUCUCAAGCUGCAGCAAAAAAUCCAUCCAUAGAACCAUAGAGAUCAAGGCCCAGGAAUGCUUCAAAGAGCGCAACAACAAAGUGUGUGGGAACUCCAGGGUGGAUGAAGGGGAGGAAUGCGAUCCUGGCCUCUUGUACCAACAGGCUGAUCCCUGCUGCUCAGCAGACUGUAAACUGAAAGAUGGUGCCAAAUGCAGUGAUCGGAACAGUCCCUGCUGUAAAGGUUGCCAGUUUGAAAAUGCACAGAAGAAAUGCCAGGAAGCCAUAAAUGCCACUUGUAAAGGAGAGUCUUUUUGCACUGGGAACAGCAGCGAGUGCCCUCCUCCAGGGAAUGCUCCAGAUGACACAGUCUGUGUGGACAUGGGGAAGUGCAAGGAUGGGGAGUGUGUCCCUUUCUGCGAGAGGGAGAAGAACCUACGGUCAUGUGCGUGCAAUGAAACAGACAAUUCCUGCAAGGUGUGCUGCCGGGAUGAGCAGGAUAGGUGCAUACCCUAUGUGGAUGCUAACAACCAGUUCCUGUUCCUGCGCAAGGGGAAGCCUUGCACCGUGGGCUUCUGUGAUACAAAUGGCAAAUGUGAGAAGCAAGUACAGGAUGUGAUUGAACGAUUUUGGGACUUUAUAGACCAACUCAGCAUCAAUACAUUUGGGAAGUUCCUAGCAGAUAAUAUAGUGGGCUCUGUGCUUGUCUUCUCCUUACUUUUCUGGAUUCCUCUCAGCAUCCUUGUGCAUUGUGUGGACAAGAAAUUGGACAAGCAGUAUGAGGAGAACACCAAAUCCCUGUUUUGCCCCAGUAACGUGGAGAUGCUCAGCAGCCUGGACUCUGCCUCCGUGCGCAUCAUCAAGCCCUUCCCUGCGGCGCAGUCGACCAGCCGGCACCAGCCGCUGCAGCCCCUGGCAGCCGUGCCCACUGCCGCCGCUGUGCCCAAACAGGACCACCAGAGGAUGGACACCAUCCAGGAGGACCCCAGCACUGACUCUCACAUCGAUGAGGAUGGGUUUGAGAAGGAUCCUUUCCCAAAUAGCAGCUCGGCCGCCAAAUCUUUUGAGGACUUGACAGACCAUCCUGUUGUUAGGAGUGAGAAAGCUUCAUCCUUUAAACUGCAGCGCCAGAACCGGGUGGACAGCAAAGAAACAGAAUGCUAGUGUCUUGCUGCCUUC